AAUACACUUAUUUAGUAGUAGAAAGAAAACCCAGGGGACUGGUUUCUAGGCCAUCAGAUGAGCCAAAUGGAGUAUGAAUUUGAAUUUGGGCCUUAGCGCUUGCUUCAGGAGUUCACAACGCACGUGCACACGUGGCAAUGAGAGACUCUUGGCAGCUUUUGACAUGGUUCUUUAAAUGCCCACCCAUUUUCUUUUCUUUUCUACUGUAACAGAGUCAGAGAGCUUACUGUCAUGGCCGCUCUUACUCUCGCCAAUAUAACCUUCACAGCCACAAAACCCUCUUCUCUCAUUUCCUUCAAACCCACAAAACCCUCUUCACCAUUCCUCAUACCCUCCAAAUCUUCACCUUUUCUCAUCCCCAAACCCUUCUCUUUCAAACCUACCAAGCCUUCCAUCAAAGCCUCCAACAACCCGUCCGAUCUCUUACCCUUUGACAACAAUACCAACCCUCUCUCCAUCUUUACGUCUUCCACGGAAACCCUGAAGUCCCGCCUCCGAAAUGGCCAAACCCUUUACGGCCUCUUCCUCCUCAGCUUCUCUCCAACACUCGCGGAGAUCGCCGGUCUCGCCGGCUACGAUUUCGUUGUUGUCGACAUGGAACACGGUCCCGGCGGAAUCACCGACGCUCUCCACUGCAUUCGCGCUCUCGCCGCUACCCAAACUCCGGCGAUCCUCCGUUUGCCGGAGACUUGCCCUACUUGGGCCAAGAAAGCCCUCGAUCUCGGCCCCGAUGGAAUCAUGUUCCCGAUGAUCGAAUCCCCCAAAAUGGCGAAAAAGGCGGUGUCGUAUUGCCGUUUUCCGCCGGCCGGAGUGCGUGGAUCGGCGCACACAGUGGUUAGGGCUUCGAAUUAUGGAAUCGAUGAAGGGUAUUUGAGUAAUUACGAGGACGAGUUGGUGAUUAUGUGUCAGGUGGAGUCGGAGGAAGGGGUUGAGAAGGCUGAAGAGAUAGCGGCCGUCGAUGGGGUUGACUGUAUUCAAAUGGGGCCGUUGGAUCUGAGCGCCAGUUUGGGUUACCUGUGGGACCCUGGGAACAAGAAGGUGAGGGAGAUGAUGAGGGUGGCCGAGAAAGCAGUUUUGGGAAGCAAGCCUGGGGACGGUGGGGCCUACUUGGCUGGUUUCGCAAUGCCGCACGAUGGGCCGGAGAAUCUGAAGGCGCGUGGAUAUCACAUGGUUUCCGGUGCCGUUGAUGUUGGGCUGUUUAGAAGUGCGGCUGUGGAGGAUGUGAAGAGGUUCAAGAUGAGUCUGAUUGACGACUCUGAUGAUGAGCAACAGCACGACAAAGAUGCUGACGAGAAAUACUGGAGCGAAUGAGGGCCAUUGAAUUUUGUCUAUGUUAGUUUUGAUUUUUGGGUUCUGUAAAUGAAAAUGUGGUGGUUUUGCAAUUUCUUUUUUUUUUUUUUUUUUUUUUUUUUUUGGGUCAAUUUCUUAGAAUCUGAGUAAAGUUCACUUUGAUUAGGCGCAUAGGCUCAUUUGUUUUUGGUGUUUUUUAUGUGUCUCAGAUCCUCCAUUGUUGUUGGUAGUAUAAGAGAAUUAUCAAAAACAACAUAGUAAUAAUGCUUUUGGACAUUAAAUAAAACAUUCUGAGAGAUGACUUUAGUCUGUUUUCAA